GAGGGCGCGGUGGCGGCAGGCGUGGUGGGAACCAUGACAGAAGAUGACCGAGGCGGCGCUGGUGGAGGGCCAGUGGAAGAGUAGGUGGCUCGUACUGCGUAAGCCGUCACCGGUGGCAGACUGCCUGCUGAUGCUGGUCUACAAGGACAGGGCUGAGCGUACCAGGGGCCUCCGGGAGCGCAGCAGCCUGACCCUGGCGGACAUCUGUGGUCUGGAGCCCAGCCUGCCCUAUGAGGGCCUGGCCCACACGCUGGCCAUCAUCUGCCUGUCCCAGGCUGUCAUGCUGGGCUUCGACAGCCGCGAGGCCAUGUGUGCCUGGGACGCCCGCGUCCGCUAUGCGCUCGGGGAAGUGCACAGGUUCCGUGUGACAGUGGCUCCUGGCACCAAGCUGGAGAGUGGCCCGGCCACCCUCCACCUCUGCAACGAUGUCCUCGUUCUGGCCAGGGAUGUCCCCCCGGCUGUCAUGGGGCACUGGAAGCUGUCGGACCUGCGGCGCUAUGGAGCUGUGCCCAAUGGGUUCAUUUUCGAAGGCGGGACCAGAUGUGGGUAUUGGGCUGGCGUCUUCUUCCUGUCCUCAGCUGAGGGGGAGCAGAUCAGCUUCCUGUUUGACUGUAUCGUCCGUGGCAUCUCACCAACCAAGGGCCCCUUUGGGCUGCGGCCAGUUCUCCCAGACCCGAGCCCGGGCGGGCCCUUGGCUGUGGAGGAGCGGUUGGCCCAGGAGGCGCUGGAAGCCUUGCAGCUGGAAAAGCGGCUCAGCAUUCUCUCUCACUCAGGCCGGCCAGGCAGUGGAGGGGACGACCGCAGCCUGUCCAGCUCCUCCUCUGAGGCCAGCCACUCAGACAUCAGCGCCAGCAGCCGGCUCACCACGUGGCCUGAGCAGUUCUCGUCCUCAGUCAGCACUUCACAGGAGGGCCUGGGGCUGGCGGCAGCCCAGGCCCCAGGGGAGGCCGUGCUGAGCACCUCGAGACUGCCCCCCAAGCCGCUGAGGCCCCGACAGCUGCAGGAAGUCGGCCGCCAGAGCUCUUCGGACAGUGGCAUUGCCACAGGCAGCCACUCCUCCUACUCGGGCAGCUUCUCAUCCUAUGCAGGCAGCAGCUUGGACAUGUGGCAGGCUGCUGAGGACUUUGGCUCGCUGCUCAGCCUGCCACUGCCAGCGGCCGGGGCACCUGAGCCCAGCCUGUGCGCCUGCCCACCCGGGGCAGCCGAGUACCAGGUGCCCACGUCUCGUCGGCCGCACUAUGACACGCCCCGCAGCCUGCGCCCAGCACCUGGGGACCAGAGCCUGCCUUCCUGGGGUGGCCCAGACCAGGGCACCACAACAGAGCUGGGAAGCCAGAUAUCUGGGGGCUGCCCUUCUGGCUGGCUGGGCACGAAACGUCUGGGACAGGCGACAGAGGCCCCAGGCAGUGAGGCCACACAGGCCAGCCCCACCCCUGCUGAGCCCUGGGAAGCCAGCAGCCCCCAUGCUGGGCCGCCUCCCGCUUUCUUUUCAGCCUGUCCACUCUGUGGCGGACUCAAGGUAAAGUCUCCUCCCUGAGAUGGCCACCCUGGCUGCAUUGCUGCCAGGGGCUGGGGUUUUGCCCCUUGGACGGGAGACCAGGGCCCACCGGCCCCUUUGCAGAGGGCUGCUCUGUGUGUGUUUCUGGGACCCACCCCCAGCCAGUGGAGAGGGUCUGGGGUGGGGCAAUGACAGAGGGCCCCCAUGGAGGACAUGAUGGCUGCUAGUGGAGGGAAUGGUCCAGGGCUGUGUGCUCUGGACAGUUGGGUGCUCAGGCCCAGUUUUUCCAGCUUUGUCUUCUUACCUGAAGGUCAGGCACUGAAGGCUUGCACUGGGGUGCUGGGGCAGAAGCCCCUGCAGGCCGGGCCAGGUCUCAGUGCAGCUCACCCUGGUCCACUGCCCACUUCUAAAUGCCCCAAGCCUCCAUCUCCUUCCAUGAAUGGUGAGUCCCAGCAGCAGCCUUGGGUGCCCCAGGUCCAGGGGCCCCUGGCUCGGCAGAGCCCCAGCCACCGUCUGUACCAUUGGCUGUGCAUGCCUACCCGCAGCACCCACAGUGGGGCUAGGCCUCCUGUCUGUGUGGAGGAAACUGACGCUCAGGAGGCCCCAUGAUUCGGGGGUCUGCAUCCCUGUGACUGGGACCCCACUGCGCCCUCGCACCAGCCUUUUCCUGCAGGGAGGGGUGAAGGUAAAGGGGAAUCUUUCCCCAGGCCCAGGCUCGGCCUGCCCAGGGUCCCCUCCACCUCCUCCUGCACCUUCUUGCUGGUACCAGGAAGCUGGUGUCAGGAGUAGUGGAGGAAGUUGGGGCUCGCUGGGCUCCCAGGAUACCCAGAGCCUCCAGACCCCCUCCCGGGUCUGUGCUCCUGUGUGGCGCUGCAUAGGGCCAUUCUCGCCAGCAUCAGAGGCUGGCUGUGUCCGGCCCUCCUGUACCCCUGUGGCCCAGUGGCCAACCUGGCCGGGUCCCUGUGAAUACCUGGCCUUGCACCUGCACUGUCGACCAACCGUGUCGUUGCUCUGCUCUAUUUUUAAAAUCUAACAGUUUGUAAUACGUUCUCAGACUGGAAAUAAA